AUGUUCGGGUGGAUACCAGUUCUUUACCGCAUCACGAAUGAAGAAACGCUUGCCUCUGCAGGGCUUGACGCAUACGCCUUUCUCAGCUUCUUUUCCUUCGCCUCGAAAUUCCUCUCCAUUACGCUAUUCUUUGCGCUCGUGGUAAUCUAUCCCAUCAACCGGAAUUUCCUGAACAGUGAUGGCUUUGGAAGAUAUCCGCACAGAAAUGAAACGUACCCGAAUGGCACACACGGGCAGGUCAAGAUCUUUAAAGAGGAUUUGGGAAUGUACCCAGAGCUACCGGAAGGAUUUCCGUGGGUGUAUGUGACUUUCGUCUAUCUCUUCUCCGCUCUGGCCAUCUAUCUGCUCGUCAAGGAAACACAGAAGGUUAUUCAUGUUCGUCAAGGCUACCUCGGUUCGCAGUCGACCGUCACCGACCGAACAUUGCGACUCUCCGGUAUCCCCGUAGAACUACGCUCAGAGGAGAAGAUCAAACAAUUCAUUGAGGAUCUUCAGAUUGGGAAAGUAGACAGCGUAAUGAUUUGCCGAAAUUGGAAGGAGUUGGAUAACCUAAUCACUCAACGUAUGACAUGCUUGCGACGGCUUGAAGAAGCUUGGACAGUUCAUCUGGGCUACCGACGUGUCGAAAGAAACAUCGCAACCUUGCCUAUGGUUCAGCCUCCACCUCCGGGUCCAGCCGCCAAUGGGAAUGACGAAGAACAAGUCGGGUUGCUGUCCGGGUCCGAGUUUGAACAUGCCCACGUGGCUCCCUACAAACGUGACAGACCCCAAACCAAGAUCAGAUAUGGGCCUUUCAAAAUACAGAGCAGAAAAAUUGAUGCAAUUGACUACUAUGAGGAGAAGCUGCAGAAGCUUGACAAGACCAUUGAAGAAGCCCGGAAGAAAGAAUAUCCAGCUACGCCUUUGGCCUUUGUGACCAUGGAAUCGACGGCUGCUUGUCAAAUGGCAGUUCAAGCAAGCUUAGACCCGAAUCCUGGCCAGCUUCUGGCAAGUUUGGCUCCUCCACCAGCGGAUGUGGUAUGGCAAAACACAUACCUCUCCCGAUAUAGCCGAAUGUUCCGGGCCUGGAUUAUCAUGGCUAUCGUUGGAGUGUUGACCGUUUUCUGGAUCUUCAUCAUUGUCCCAUUCGCAGGGCUACUGGAGCUCGAGACUAUUCGAAGCUACUUUCCAGCAUUGGCAAACGUGCUAGAAGAACAUAAAGUGUUGAAGACUCUGGUUUCCACCUCCCUACCAACAUUGGUCUUGUCGCUCCUCAGCAUCACCGUUCCAUACCUGUAUGAUUGGCUCUCCAGCAUGCAAGGCAUGACCUCUGCCGGCGACGUCGAAUUGUCUCUUAUCUCGAAGAACUUCCUUUUCACCUUCUUCAACCUCUUCAUUAUCUUCACCGUUUUUGGCACCGCAGCUACCUUCAGUAAAUUCCAAGACAAUCUUCGGGACCUCCUGAGGGAUACAAGCACGUUGGCUUAUACCAUUGCCAACUCCCUUGAGGGUCUGACACUCUUCUAUGUCGAUUUGAUCAUCCUCCAAGGUAUUGGUCUUUUCCCAUUUCGCCUGUUAGAAUUUGGGGCAGUUGCCAUGUAUCCGGUAUGGCUCAUUGGGGCGAAAACACCUCGAGACUACGCAGAGCUGGUCCAGCCUCCAGUCUUCAACUACGGAUAUUUUGUGCCUCAAACUAUCCUUGUAUUCAUCAUAUGUACUGUUUACAGUGUUCUCGAUGGAUCCUGGCUCGUGCUUGUAUCAGGGCUCUUGUUCUUCCUGAUCGGACAUUUUGUAUACAAAUACCAGCUUCUUUACGCCAUGGAUCAUCGGCAGCAUUCUACCGGUCGUGCCUGGCCAAUGAUAUGUAAUAGAGUCUUCGUUGGCCUAGCUCUGUUUCAGAUUGCGAUGAGUGGAUGGCUGGCAUUGAGGCAAGCAUUCAUCUGCGCCGUGGUCAUUGCGCCCUUAUUUGUGGGAACUAUCUGGUACAUCAUCUACUUCCAAAGGACUUUCGACCCUUUGAUGAAGUUCAUUGCUCUAAGGAGCAUUGGGCGGGAUGAUCUGAUCAGUCUUCCCACACCACCAGAGACACGGUGGGAUAGAGACACGGACUGGGGUCGUACUGUUGACACUGACCCAGAGACUGGCCUGCGGUAUAUAAAUCCAAGCUUGGUGCAACCACUCGAGAAAAUAUGGAUCAACAAUCCCACCGCAAACGGCGGUGGUGCUGGACAGCAUUCAGAUUGA